UGCGCGCUCGCGAGCGCGCUCCUGCCUCGCCUCCCUCGCCCGCCCGCUCCGGUGCUACGUGCUUUCUUUGUCAAUGAGGCGCCGCUCCGAGCUGCAGCAGCACUCGCGGCUCGGAGCCGGAGCCCAGCCAUCCGGGUGAAGCGGCAGGGACCGAGCCCCCGGCAGCAGGGGCGGCGGCGGGCGGCACGCUGCACCAGCCAGGCCCGCGGGUUCUUCCCGCGCCUCGCAGCCUCGCGCUCCAGGUGCAGCCUCCGGCCCCGGGGAGGGGACCCGGGGCUCCGCCCGUCCCACCCUCGCCGCGCCCGCCGUGGGAACCCCAUGCGGCCCCGGUCCCUGCGCGACUGAAGCCGCAGCUCCUGCCGAGCCCGCCUCGGACCCACCGAGGCAGGACGAGCGAGCAGCCCCUCCCGGGCCAUGGCCGGAGAUGGCCGGUGAGGACCGGUGCGCGGAGGGCUGGACUCCCCGGCGCCGUGUGGAACGAGACAGCGGCCUGGAUGUGUGAACGCUCCCCAUGGCUCCGCAGGAGGAGAAGCCCCAGGGCCCGGGCGGAGCUGGGCCGGCGGCGCGGGAACCCAGGGACCGGCCCCGGGAGCCAGGGCGCUGCGGGGCGCUCGGGAUCGCCGCGCGCUGCCGGGGCGUGAGGAGCUCCGGGGCCCGCGGGUCCGAGGAGGCGCUGGCGCUGCGGCCGCUGCUGCUGGGACUCGUGCUGCUGCUGGCUGCCCUCCCCGGGAGCUGCCGCGCUGACUCGGGGACAGACAAUCUACAGAUCCAUGUCACUCCGACCUCAGAGUCCUUCCCCCUCGGGAAGUUGUUACCAAUUUCACCAACAUGGCCUUUCUUGGAAGUCAAGUCUUCCUCAGCAGCAGACAGAAUCAAGAAUGUGCUGGGACAGCCUCCUGACAACACAAGCUGGCUGCAGCUAUCCCAGACUCCUCUGCCCAAGGCCCACCGCAGGACCAGGGCUCGUGUGGACUUCUCUUCAUCCCCUUACCAAGGAAGUGGACAUAGCGCCUCCCUGGAUCUUGCCAAGGACUCCACUGAGACUCUGGUUCAAACAAGGCCUGAAGGGGGAAGAGAAGCAGCAGACAUGUCAGGUUUGCCUCAUACCAGCAUGCUUCCCCCAUUGCCUACAACCCCAUCAGCCACCUUGAGUGCUACUAUCUCCCCAUCACAGCCUCUGGUAGGGACUCCUUCCCUUUCAAAGCAUCCCCUGAGGUCAGACAGCCUUCUACUUCUCCCUCCAUCGUCAUCAUCUUCAUUGGCCCCUGAGUCACCUCAUUCCAUCACCCCUCCUCAGCCCAUGAAGCAUCCCACCAAAGUGCCUUUGUUUCCCCAAAUCACACCAGCUGAUUCCUCUUCAGGUCAGAGCCCAGUUAAUGUCCUAAACCCAUUUUCUCACAAAGCAAACCUCGUUCCAUCCAGAAAUGCCCAGAUUUUCAUAAGUACCCCUCUUCUAGACUUUUCUACAUCCUCAACAAAGCAGUACUCUGAGCUGUCCCCAUCAGGGAGUCCCCACUCAGCAGGUUCCCCAACUCCUGGGGUUCUGAGCUCCAUGGCAGAACUGGACCUCCUGUCUCUCCCUUCCCUAGCCCCUGGAGGCCUUCCAGGUGGAACUUCCUCAUGGUCCAUGUUGGAAGAGGCAUGGAGUCCUGCAGCCAGCCAGCCAGCCCACACAGCAGAGGCUGUCAGAGGGCGCGGUGAGGUACCAUUGCCAAUUUAUCUGCGCACAGCAGCAGCAAGCUAUGAGGCCUGGCCUCCACAUUUCCAGAGUGCAGAGUCAAUGAUGACCAGCAGAGAGCUAGCCCCUGUUCCUCCUACGAAUAGCUCUGCCAACCGGCCGCAUUUGUCAGAAGCACCAGGGAGUUCCAAAAAGCCUACCCUCUCCCCUGAAAACACCCCUUCCUUUUUGGUACCUCCUCCUCUGCCUCUCACUACACCCAGUCAAAGGCAAAUGGUCCCUUCUGAGGCAGCUCCUGGACCACUACGGAAGGGGGCAGGUGCCCUUCCCUUUCUGCUUACCUUCCUCCAGCCCAAUAAAGACCUCACCCCUCCAGACCAUGUGUCAGAGGCAAUCACUUCACAGGAAGACGGCCAUGAUGAGAACCAUCCCAAUGCAGCCAGGCACCGCCUUUCAAGCAAACUUCCUAAUCUUCCUCCUACAAAUUGGACAUUUCCUCAGCAAAAGGAGGACAGGGAGACAGCCAUUUUCAGGAAAAAUGAAAAGGCAAACGGGACAGUUCCUCCGAGGGCUCGUUCAACUAAUGAGGCCCCCAGUUUUGGCGCAGUGUAUGGAUUCACCUCUGAUUUUAACACAGUUCGCACUUCAUCUCCCAUCAUGACACUGCUAAGAGCAAACCUCUCUCCUCAAGGGUCACCCCCAUCAUCCAUGCUUGCCACGCAAGCCCCUCGGAUGGGUCCUCCUUCUCCUGGCUCUUCCAGCACCAAGCCGGAGACUCUCGCAGCUGUCACACGCCUAUCGGAGUCGCCAGCCUCAGCUUCCACGCAGGUGACAGCACUUUCCUCCCCCUCCAACAUCUCCGAUCUCCCAACAAUGGGAAGCACGAGAGAGCCAGCAGCCACAGAUGUUUUCUGGAGCUCUCUUUCAGCAGACACCGCACCCCUCGCCACACAAUCGACAAUAUCUGGCUUGCAGCGGCAGGCAAAUCACGCUGUAAACACUCACACAAUUAGCACCACAAGUUGGGAACCUCAUCCAGCUCCAGCGACUCUUCCUAGCGCUACAACUUCGGCUGCCAACGUGAUACAACCUCAGAAUUUCAAAGAGAUUGCCGGGCAGUUGGUGGCUGCAGACAGCUUUAACUUCCAGGAUCUAGUUCUCAGUCAAAAUGCCAAUCAGCACCCCCAACCAUCAGAAGAGGCCAUAAUUGAAAGCCACACAGACAUCCGGCCCACAAGCAAGCGCGCCAGAGACUUUGACACAGCGAUGGUUAAUUAUUACUCAUCUACAACUCAACAUCCGGUGUCACAGCUGCCCAGCCAGCCAGCCCAUCCUUUUUGGCCAACCUGGCCUAGUUUAUCGUCUGCAGCUAGCUUGCAGCGAAUGCUUUCAGAUGGAGCAGACACAGGUUCACAAAUUUUCAGUGACAUCUAUCUAUCCCUGGGGGAAAAUGGCUCCCCACAAUUCCCGAGUGUCCUGGAAUAUCACUCAUCUACAGAGUCACCUUCUAUAUCAACUGGUGCCUUUUCCAGGACCCCCUCCAAAGUGCCGCGAACUUCUCGGCGCCCUAAGAAAUGGACGGGUGCAGCCACUAACACAGGUGGUUUGUUUCCUGGUACCCAGAGAACAGUGGAAACCUCAGUGUCAUCCAAGGGAGAAUUGACAGCAACAGCAGCCGCUGCCGCCACCACCAUGUUGUUUCUGAGGAAAUCAAGUCCAGCGCCUCUGUCUGCAGCCCUCACUGCUAAGGGCACUGGCAGCAGCAGCAGCAGCAGCAGCAGCAGCAGCAGCUUAGCUAAGAGCAAUCUGACCACUGCUCUAGCUAAAAAUGUCACCAACAAGGCAGCACCAGGCCCAAAGGUGACAGCAGGGACAGUCCACACAGCCUUCUCCUUCACACCAACCUACAUGCUUGCCCGGACAGCACACAGCAUGAGCACACACACAGCCAUGCAGGGGGCCACAGGCUCUUCUUCAGGCCUGUUGUCCACAACGCACCUCCCCAAGAAACCACAAGCCAUGCACACUGGCCUCCCUAAUCCCACCAGGCCAGACACACCCAGAGCAUCCACGCCCCGCCCACUGACAAUCACAGCUGCGCUGACAUCCAUUACAGCAUCAGUAAAGGCCACGAGACUGCCAUCUUUGCAGACAGGAAACACAGAUGCUGCUUUUCCGGCUGUGUCUACUGCAAUGGUCACAACUGGCAGAAUGGCAUCCAACUUGGACUGUCAGCUGUCCCACAGGUUCCUAGUGAAGACAGUUUUCUUCCUAACCCAGAGGAGAGUGCAGAGCAGCGAGUCCUUGAAGCUUGGCGUGACUAAAGGGCUCACGCAGGCAUUGCGGAAAGCCUUCCACCAGAAUGAUGUCUCCGCUCACGUGGACAUUCUGGAAUAUUCUCAUAACGUCACCGUUGGCUAUUAUGCCACCAAAGGGAGGCUGGUGUAUCUGCCCGCCGUGGUGAUGGACGUGCUGGGUGUUUACGGCGUCAGCAACGUCACUGCCGAUCUGAAGCAGCACACUCCCAACUUACAGUCGGUGGCAGUGCUCGCCUCUCCGUGGAAGCCCCAGCCUGCCGGUGCCUUCCAGCUGAAGACAGUGUUGCAGUUUGUGAGCCGGUCGGACAACAUCCAGUCUUGCAAGUUUGCCCAGACGAUGGAGCAGAGGCUGCAGAGGGCUCUCCAGGAUGCGGAGAGGAAGGUUCUCAGCACCAGGAGCAACCUGACAGUUCAGAUGGUGAGCACCUCCAACGCCUCCCAAGCCGUCACGCUGGUGUAUGCUGUGGGCAAUCAGAGCUCGCUCCUCAACGGCACCGUGGCCAGCAGCCUCCUCGGCCAGCUCUCAGCCGAGCUGGUGGGAUUCUACCUCACUUACCCUCCGCUCACCAUCGCUGAACCACUGGAAUAUCCCAACCUUGAUACAUCAGAAACAACCAGAGACUACUGGGUCAUUACAGUGCUCCAGGGUGUGGACAACUCUCUGGUGGGCCUGCACAACCAGAGCUUUGCCCGGGUCAUGGAGCAGCGCCUGGCCCAGCUGUUCAUGAUGUCCCAGCAACAGGGCCGGCGGUUCAGACGGGCCACCACCUUGGGAAGCUACACUGUUCAGAUGGUGAAAAUGCAGCGAGUGCCAGGACCAAAGGACCCAGCAGAGCUGACGUACUACACGCUCUACAAUGGGAAACCACUACUGGGGACUGCGGCAGCCAAGAUCCUGAGCACCAUCGACUCCCAGAGGAUGGCCUUGACCCUGCAUCAUGUGGUUCUUCUACAAGCUGACCCUGUGGUGAAGAACCCACCGAACAACCUGUGGAUCAUCGCUGCAGUGCUGGCCCCCAUCGCCGUGGUCACCGUCAUCAUCAUCAUCAUCACUGCUGUGCUCUGCAGGAAGAACAAGAACGACUUCAAGCCGGACACCAUGAUAAACCUGCCUCAGAGAGCAAAGCCCGUGCAAGGCUUUGACUAUGCCAAGCAGCAUCUGGGCCAGCAAGGAGCGGAUGAGGAGGUCAUCCCUGUGACUCAGGAAACGGUGGUCCUCCCUAUACCUGUCAGAGAUACUCCUCAGGAAAGAGACACAGCUCAGGACGGGAGCACCAUCAAGACAGCUAAGUCUACUGAAACCAGAAAGAGCAGGUCGCCCAGUGAGAAUGGCUCUGUCAUCAGCAACGAAUCAGGGAAGCCCAGCUCAGGGAGGCGCUCGCCCCAGAAUGGAAUGACACAGCAGAAAGUGACAAAGGAGGAGACAAGGAAAAGAAAUGUGACGGCAAGUGAUGAAGAGGAGGGAGCGGGUCUCUUCGACAGUGCUGGCAAAGCGGCAGCAGAUGCCUUUGACACAUCUUCUGGCUCCGUGCAGCUCAUCGCUAUCAAACCGUCAGCUCUGCCCGUGGUGCACCCUGCCUCAGACAGGGGCCCAGAGUCCUCGGCUGCGCUCAACGGUGAGGUGAACAAGGCUCUGAAGCAGAAAUCAGACAUUGAGCACUACCGGAACAAACUGCGCCUGAAGGCCAAGAGGAAGGGGUAUUAUGACUUCCCCCCAGUGGAAACAAGCAAGGGCCUGACAGAAAGGAAAAAGAUGUAUGAGAAAGCCCCAAAAGAAAUGGAACAUGUUUUGGACCCAGACCCAGAACUGUGUGCUCCCUUUGCAGAGUCUAAAAACAGGCAACAGAUGAAGAGUUCUGUCUACCGAAGCCGGCAAUCUCUGAAUAGCCCGAGUCCGGGAGAAACCGAGAUGGACCUUCUGGUCACACGGGAACGACCCCGGCGUGGAAUCCGAAACAGUGGAUAUGACACCGAGCCCGAGAUCAUAGAGGAAACCAACGUGGACAGAGUCCAUGAGCCCCGGGGCUACGGCAGGGCGCGGCAGGUGAAAGGCCAUUCAGAAACCUCCACACUGAGCUCGCAGCCUUCCAUUGACGAAGUCCGGCAACAGAUGCACAUGCUCCUGGAAGAAGCCUUCAGCCUGGCAUCCGCUGGCCAUGCAGGCCAAAGCCGGCACCAGGAGGCCUACGGCUCCACUCAGCACCUGCCGUACUCAGAGGUGGUGACCAGCGCUCCAGGGACCAUGACACGGCCCAGAGCUGGCGUGCAGUGGGUGCCCACCUACCGACCAGAAAUGUACCAGUACAGCCUGCCCCGGCCGGCCUACAGGUUUUCCCAGCUUCCUGAAAUGGUCAUGGGCUCUCCUCCACCACCUGUACCUCCCCGGACAGGCCCUGUGGCUGUGGCUUCCCUCAGGCGGUCCACCUCAGACAUCGGCAGCAAGACCCGGAUGGCAGAGUCCUCGGGACCCGAGCCCUCCCAGUUGCAUGACAGUGCCUCAUUUGCCCAGGUGUCCAGAGGUCCCGUGUCGGUGACGCAGUUGGAUCAAUCGGCUUUAAAUUACUCAGGUAACACGGUGCCAGCGGUGUUUGCCAUCCCAGCUGCCAACAGACCCGGCUUCACCGGCUACUUCAUCCCAACACCUCCCUCAUCCUACAGGAGCCAGGCCUGGAUGUCUUAUGCAGGAGAGAAUGAGCUCCCGAGCCAGUGGGCUGAUUCGGUCCCUCUUCCUGGCUACAUCGAGGCCUACCCCCGGUCACGUUACCAACAGAGCUCACCCUCCAGGCUCCCACGCCAGUAUAGCCAGCCAACCAACCUUCACCCAAGCCUAGAGCAGGCCCCUGUCCCCUCCACAGCUGCCUCACAGCAGAGCCUGACAGAAAAUGAGCCUCCAGACACUCCGCUGACGAACAUCUCCACUGCAGCCCUCGUGAAGGCUAUCCGGGAGGAGGUAGCGAAGCUGGCCAAGAAGCAGACGGACAUGUUUGAGUUCCAGGUCUAACGCCUCAACCCUGAGGGGCUCUGCAAUUUGAAGACUGUGAGGCGGCAGACAGGCUCACAGUUCCUCUUCCCUAAUGUGUGGGGCCUCCAGAUAAUAGACAAUGUGUGGGUCUUUCUCACCCCAGGAUUUAAAAAAAUAAGUCAACAGUGGGGCUGCUGGGAAACAGGAAACCUGUGAAAACUGAAUUCUGACUUCUGCAGCCAGUUGUGGGUCAACAAGUCUCUAACAGGAACCCUGUGCUUGGUGUUCUCUUUGGCUGAGUGUUUGAGCUGCAGGUAGAAUUUCCCUAAGGAGCCCCAGUCGUGGGAGGCGCUAGCUAGCCUGCAGGUUCCUGUCCGGUGUCCCAUUUUUAUAAACCACCAGAAGGGAGAGAAUGUUGCUCUGUCUUCUGUGACCUCUGCAUGUUCUCUCUCUCUGUGUGGAAGGCAACACAGGAGAGUGAUUGACCACCAGACUGUACUCUCUCAUUGAGCCAUGACCGUGACCGCUUUAAAAAUCACCUCUAGUCUGUAAGGGAGAUACUGAUUCUCCAGCCAAGAAACUCAUGUCUCUGCUUUUAAAGGCUCAUGUUCAAAGUCAAAUGAGUUGGAUGGAAAUCCGUUCCAAUGGCUGUGCCUAUAAAUAGUCCUGAGUCUUUCUUCCCCCACCUGUUAAUUAAAGGCCAAGAAAGAGAGACGAUGAGCCAGAGUGCUGGACUUGUGUUGACAGCCUGUUUAAAAGGUGUCGUCAUUUUGGAAAUAAGAGUCUCCUGCAAACUGGGAUCCAAACGAAAGAGAAUCGGUGCUAAGAGGCUUGGGAGCCUACAAAAGAGAAGCAGAGGUUUUGCUUUGACUGUCUUGAAGAUGGCCUGAGAUCCCAGCCAUGGGCUGUGGGGAGGCAGAUAAUAGCUACAUCAACUUUAACAAGGCCUCUCUCCUCCGUGGUGGAGUCCAGCACGUGCUGCUGGCUGGUAUAAAGGAAACCGUCACUGAUUCUGUUAGCAAUGGGAGAGGUCACCCCAAGCAGCAGCCUCUGUUUCCGGAAAUUUCUCAAUGUAGAAAAUUGGAUCUGAGAUUAAAUGCAAAGCAACUUCUUAAGAGUCUGUGGAGCUCACCAGUUCUCCCUAGUGGAUGGAUGCAGGAGAACAUUUGCUGAGAUGGCGGGGUCGCUCUCCCCAGCCUGAAGCUUCAGCCUGCAGAGUCCUCCUGGGUGGAGACACUGCCUUGCAGCUCUGGUGUGCUAGCCACUGACAACCCCUCUCUGCAAAUAAAACUGAUUUGGGGUGCCUGAGGAAAAGGGAGCCCCGAGUUUCCUCCCCAGCAUUGGGAACCAUGUAUGUUAUCAGGGGGCUUAUUUGGAGAACGUGGUCCUAUCCUGCCUCCAGCCAUGACCCAUUCUUCAGCUGUACCCAUGUCCCUCUGAACCCAUCUGUCCAUUGUCUUCAUGAGUUUCUUUGGUCUUUAAUGAAAGAAGAGAGAGGAAACUUAAAGGUUGAGGGAAGAAUAGGGUUGAAAUGGGAGGUUCAAACUGUCAAAGCACAGACUUUCCCAAGAAGCUGUUUUUAUUUCCCUAUGGCAAAUUGUCCUUUCUGGAAAUGUUCAGAGACGAUACAUCACGGAAUCCCCAGACAAGCCUCUUACGGGGAUGAUGCUAGGUAGUGUCCUUUUAGUAUGCUGGUUGAUCUUUCAUAGUGUUAGUUUUUUGUUACUUAAUAAGAAAUCAGCUAUAAAUAAAAUGUAUUUUUCUAAUUUCCAUGUGUAUAUAUGGUAUAUUUCUACCAAUGGCCAGUUGUAGUCCAAAACCGAAAUCAGCUUGCAGAACACUGUGGACAGUGCAAGAUUUUGCUGACAGAUUAACACGAUGCCUGAAUCUAUCCAAGCAGGCAUUCAAUGCACUUGAAUGAACAAAGAGCCAAAGAAACUCAGCCUUUUCGUGCAAAUGGUGUAAGUCUGAUAAAACCAGCUACAUUGCUCCACUUUAUCAAUAAUAUCAGUAUUUCAUCAGUGCAGUGGUAUCAACACAGUGCUUUGUGGGCUUUGGUAAAUGCUUGGAAUGUGAGAAAGAAGUCUCUAGAUCAUAGAACGUGAAGUGCUUCAAAAAGACAGUGUCUAAGCUUUGGGUUCCAAUAACUUCAGAUUAUGGAUCUGGAGUUAAGAAUGGUGUGGCUCCAGGUUGCUAGGGAAAUGGAGCCACAAUUCACUGGAGUCUUUGCAGAGCCACCAUGAGGUAUUUAGUUCAUUGAGACAAUUAAAAUAUAGCACGAUAAAACAGAUACUCUUAAACUAGACACCAUGGGUUCAAGAAGUCUAUGCAAAGAAAACCUUGAAAAAAAAUAUGCCCAUGUUUUUCCACCAUAGUUAAAGCCUUCUGAGACUACGAGUCCCUAAAGAGUCUUCUAAUCUUAUAGAGGUGAUAGGUCUCAGGACAGGAGGAAGGCUCUGAAAGUUCAGAUGGUUAAAAUCACAUGUGAAAAACUGCAGUUCCCCGAGAGCCCGCGGAGGCAACAGAGAGCUCAGACAGUCACGGAAGCCAAAGCUCAGACAAGUGGAGGCCUGAGCCCAAGCCUGCUGAUUCGUGCCCAGCCUACCCUCCAUUUCACCAUGCUGCCUGUACCACACUCGUUGGUGACACAUUCCUUUAGCUGUGCCCAGAAGUUAAAAAAAAAAAAUAGGCAAGGGUCACAUGGGGGGCUCCAUAACACUCUUGCCAAAAAAGGGAAGUGGAAAUCAGAGAGUAUCCCUGAAAAAGCGAUGUCCUUACUUGCCAUUAAAGCCAGUGGGAGUAACUUACCCAUUUGGCACCACAUGUCAAAAAGGCAAGCAGGGAUGACUCCGGUGACCCAGGAGGGCAGGGACAUAAAGGUCUACUGUGUGUGGCCUGGUACCUGUGAUCUGAGGCCUGUGCAGGAACAAGGAGGCAGCUGGGAGCCAUGGAAUGGGAUGUUGCCUCUUGAAGGGUGCAAGGUAACCCAUCAUCCCGGGAGAAGCGAUGUUGUGCCCUUGUUAUUUUCAAAGCCUGGGAAAACACACAAAACAUGCAAUUUCUGAAUAAUCUUGAUUCAAGAAAGGAAACGAUAAGACCUGUGAUUUAAGAGAAAACCUGCGAGGGUGGGUAGAAUGAAGAGGUGUGAAAUUCUUACAUCUAGGUAAAAGGAAUGCUUCCCCGCCAGGCAAAAAAUGAAACGGAUCAAAAAUAUAUAUUUAUUUCGUAUAUAGAAAUGAUCCUCAUUUUUUUUCCCCACAUAGCACUCAAGUGCUCAAAGUUCAGUGAAUGAAUGUUACUAAGGUUUUCAAGUUUGAAAAAAAAGACGCACUAAGACCUAGCCUUAGAGUUUGGACUUCUCUUACAAACUACAGUCCAAGAUUCUUACGGUGUUAAGUGUAAUUUAGCUUGUCGCCAACUGGGGUCCAAGUAUUGGAAACUACAUUCCAACAUCUAGUCCAACCUCAAAGUUGUUCCAUUCCCCCCGGGGGCAGAAACCUGUUCAGCCUUGCUCCAGCACAGGGACCGACUAAAAGACACUGGGACAAAUUACAGAAGCAAAACUCGGAUGUAGCAAAGGGCAAGGGAGGCAUCAACCAGCCCCCUCUUCCUGGUGGCGCUUUCUCUGGCACUCUCUCUCUCUCCUCACUGCUCUCAUCUGUUUCCCUCAGCCCAUCUGCUUCGCCCUCUUGCUUGCCUGGGCCAACCAGCUUACUCGCUAAUGCAUACGAAGCCAAAUACUGACCUCUGGACUCCCACCACUCAUUUUCUUCCCUGUUUUAGAUGGCUCUUGGACUAGCGUCUUUGAGGCCCCCUAUGCAAAUGCUUGAGAGUCUGAUUGGUCCAGUUCGUAUCUGCCUGUGGAUGAGCUAGCCUUAGGGCGGGGCCUAUCCAGCCAUCUGUAAGCAAAGAGGCAGGGUUAGAGCAUAGCCCCUACGUUGACCCCUUCGGCAGGGGCUCUCUUUGAGGGUUGGUACCCGUAGGAAGGAGCAUGACCACCAGGACUCCUUAAAGGAGGCUGCCACAGACUGGAACUGACCGUACCCCUGAGGUGGUGACCUGGCAGCCAGCACUCGGAGGGGCAGUGCUCUUGAUACUGCCCCCACCGUGAGGAAAAGGCAUUUUUCACUUGUAUAUCGGGUGAGAGUGCACACACUUGAACCUCUGGUACACUAGCCAGGCUGCCUCCAGACACUGCCCGCCCCUAACCCACACUACUUCCUGAAUACCGCUGCUGGGCUCUGGAAGAGAUCUCUGACCAAGGUCCAGUUAACACAAUGUCUUUCUCAGCUCAGCAGACAAUAAAUACUUGUAAAUUGAAUUGCAUGAUCUUAGCUCGGGUGCUAUUAAUGUGGCUCCCGGCCACAUAUUUGCAUGGAUGAGAAAACUGAUGAGCCUCUCCAUAGAGUCUCUUUGAAACAAAAUUGGUUUCAAGUAAAAAUGAUGCUACAGUGGCUCUGAGCUUCCAGCUAGAAGUUAGAGUCCUGAGAACUGAAAGAUCUCCCAACUGCUCAGGUGAACUGUUACAGAAUCCUAUACGUGGCGGUAAAUACUGAAGUGUAAGUGUUUCUGAGAGGGGGAAUUGAGGAAAUGUAAUUGUACCAGAAACAAAGUCUCUUAGAAGGUACUGAGUUGCUUUGAUUCUGUAGGUUUCAAAAGGAGGGAAGGUAGAAUUUGUCCUCAGAGGUCAAACCCUUACUUGAGUUAGAGCCAUGCUGUUGUAAGCCUAGAGCAUCCUAUGAUAAAUCUAGAAACUAAUUGUUUCAUCCGCUGGCCUUGAGCGGACCUUUGUAAAUUAUGGAAGGAGGCCAUCUGAUGCACUUUACAUAAAUUAGCUGUGGCCUCACCUUCCUCUCUUUCAUCUCUUCUUUGGGUCUAAACUCAACCUCAACCCUCACAUAAAUUAAGGAGAGAAAAGAAAAGUAAGUGUACCAAACAAAGUCAGAGGAGUGUCGUUGGACUGGAGAUUUUGAGAAGGUGUAAAUAUUCUAGAACUUGAGUGACUCGCUUUGAAGUAGUCUGUGUGUCUCCUCGUGGGCCAGAUGGGAAUAGGGACGCCUGGACUUCCCACCUCAUGAGGAGCAUGCAUACAAUGUGUCUGAAGAUGGUCUAGAAAGUAGCGUGGAAGAAUUGGCUAUGAAAACCAUCCGUUUUACAGUUCAGUUUGAUCCAGCUCCUGCUACCCAUUGAAUUAAUUUGUGUUGCCAUGUGUUCAAUGACACUUCUUAUCAAGGAAAAAAAAAUAAAGGAAUUCUGCAGUUUGUAAUUGCCCACAAAAGUCAGCCCCCAUGGAGUUGCUGUUAUCGUCUGUCGCCUGUGGUUUGGAGGGUAUGUAAGUGUUUCGAUAUGUGCUUUGACUCUGGGUGGAAAAAAACCAGACUGUGAUUCUCUCGAACCACUUUAAAUGCGUUAGGCAAAGUACUGAACAGGAGCUCUGAAUGUAGCUGUUGUUAUUUCAAUGCUUUGCUUUCUAAUUAACUUUGUAUGUCCUUUGCCUCUGCCGGGAACAGAGUGUUCAUAUGCUGUUAGAAUUUUUUAUUGUAAAAUAAAAUGACAAAGGCUUUCAUACCCCAAAA